AUGGUUGUGCGAAUGGGGCCGACGACGACGCUCGUCGGACCGAAGUGCGCGUACGUGUUCGAACCGGCGACGCGCGUGGCGAAGAACAUCGUGGAUACGCUGCGGACGUGGGUCGGCGAACGAGACGCGGCGGAGGGAAGCGCGGGGGCGGAGGCGCGGACGGUGAAGGAUUUUCCGCUGGCGGCGCUCGAGUGCGCGCUCGAGGCGAGCUCGCGAUAUUUUGAAGAAAAAAUAUUUAGGUUGCGGCGGUUGGCGAGGCACUGCGUGGAUGAGAUCUCGAGCGAUUUGCGAGGCGAUGGGAAGAGCGGGAUCGUGACGGGAGGGAGCUUGAAUUACAACGCGGCGCAGUGGCAAAAGUUGCCGCCGAUUCGUCGCGCGAUUAAGGAGUUUGAGCAAGACGCUCGCGAAGCCUCGGAAGCGUUAAACGCGGCGAUGACGACGACAAACUUGGUACCGACACCCAUGGAUGUUGUGUUCGACGAAAAGGCGGCGGAGGAGCGAAACGACGCGGUGACGGACGUGCUGGCGAGCCACGCCAGACGCUUGGCAGCCGUCGGAGGCUUAGUGCGAGAGCUUAGUGCGGAUCUAGACAGCGCGCGCGAACUCUGGGAACUUCAGCUCGACGGUGAUAGGAAUCGUACCGUACAGAUGAACUUUAGGGCAACUGUCUUCGCCCUCUCCGCCGCCGUAGCCGCGGUGCCGGCGGGUCUCGGAGGCAUGAAUAUGCCGCACGGCUUGGAAACCGCGCCGAUUGGAGUAUUCUGGAGCGUCGCUGGCGGUAUCCUCAUCGGUUCCACUGCGGUUUGGUACGCGUUCAUGCGCAGAUUCCGCAAGGCUGGUGAGCUUACGAGCGCUCGCGCGGGCGAGCUAGCGUCGAUGCAGUAUAUUCUCGGGAAUCUCGAUUCGCUCGACAACGCCUUUUCCGGCGUCGACGGAUCUUCGGUGACUCGCGAGGCGCUUCGCGACGUCAUGCGCACCGAAGCCGGGAACGUCGGAGCGCCGAGCGAGACGGAAGUAUUUGAUUUACUAUUCAGGAUUUUCGAUACCGAUCGAAGCCGUGCGAUCGACAACGCGGAGUGGCGCCGCUCUGAAUAG